AUGAAUGUCAGCGACUUCCAGCCGGAGAUGAGCGUCAAGCUGGAAAGCGGAGUGGUGAUGGUGCACGCGGCACGUGACGAGACCUUGGGCGACGGCGGCUCCACCUACCGACUGAUGCGGCAGUUCGUCCUGCCGCACCGCGUCGACCCCGACCGCGUGACCUCGCUCCUGACCCGCGCCGGCCAGCUGGUGAUCGGGGCCCCUGUCGCCGCGAUCACGGUCCCGGCGCUGAACCAGACGGGGGUUCCAGAGGUCAAGGCGGAAGCUCCAGAGGUCAAGGUGGGGAUUCCAGAGGUCAAGGUGGGGACCCCAGAGAUCAAGGUGGAGACUCCAGAGGCCAAGACGGGAGCUCCAGGGGUCAGGGUUGGGGCUCCAGAGGCCAAGGCAGAGACUUGA